AUGGAUCAAGCGGUUUACGAGACAUUGCUUCAAGUCGUCGACAGCGAUGGACAUGUACGUUCUGCUGCCGAGCAACGCUUGAAAGAAUUGGCGGCUUCUCCAGCUGUGCGUGAGAUUAUCGUCAACGGUUUGGCCGACAACGAAUCGAAAAUCCGAGUUGUCAGCGCUUAUGUCGUUUCGAAUAUUGCCCACGAUGAUUUUCCCGAGGACUGGCCCAAUCUUUUCGAUAUUUUGUUGAGUUUCCUGAAAUCCAAUAGCGCCAACAGUGUUCACGGUGCGAUGCGUGUCUUGUCAGAAAUGGCAAAGAAAGAUAUCAGCAUCCAACAGUUGCCUCAAGUCGGCCCUCUUUUGCUUCCGGAACUAUUUAAUAUUCUUACAUCGGAUAAUGUCUACUCCUUCCGUACCCGCGGUCGCGCCGUGAAUAUCUUUAGCAGCUUGGUCCAAAUGCUUUCUACCCUGCGUGAAGAAAAUCCGGCAUUGGCCGAACAGUUUAUCGCUCCUGUUAUUCCGCAGUGGAUGCAAGCAUUUACUACGAUUUUGAAUCAUCAUGUCCAAAACGAUCCCGAACGAGCCACUGAAGAGUAUGGUCUCAAGAUGGAAGUUGUAAAGUGCAUUUGUGGUAUCAGCAGUGAAUUCCCAAAGUACAUUAGCAGCAGUUUACCUCAGUUAUUCGAACCCAUUUGGAAUGAUUUAUACAACCUUCGUGAGCACUAUGUGCAAGAGUUCGUCAGUGAUUCAGGCGAUAUUGGCGAAUCGUUCCAAGACUCUGACGGCAAUGCGAUCGGUUUCCAAAGUUUGCUCUAUGUCUUGUUCGAUUUUGUUGCUGCCGCUUGCAAUAAGAAGACAGUUCGUUAUUUGUUCGUGGCAGACAAUGCGGCCACCGGUUUCUUUGAGCAGCUUUUGUACGUCUACAUCGUGUACAUGCAAAUUACCCAGGAACAGGAAGAGACGUGGAUGUCCGAUGCCAAUCAAUACGUUGCCGAUGAAGAAGAUGGUACCUUUACGUUCAAUGCUCGUGUGGCUGCCAUCGAUGUCCUCUUGGAAUUGCAAGAUUGUUACCCUGCACCUUUCUUUAACGCCCUUCAGGCUGCCGUGCACCGCCAUAUUUCAGAAUCCAACGAAGCCCGCAAAACAGGCAAAGCCGAUUGGUGGAAAAUUCAGGAAGCUUGUUUGUUGGUCAUUGGACGUUUGUCGGAAGAAUUGAUGGAAGCUUUAGAAGAUGAGAAUCGAAAGGUUCAGUUCGAUUUGAAGAGUCUUUUUGACCAUGUUGUUUUGGAAGACAUGAAAGCUGCAGAUUUCCCUUUUUUACAAGGCCGUGCCUUUGUUUUCGCUUCCGAAUUUGCUAAAAUCUUGCCUGUCAACAUGGCAAGUGAGUAUGUCGCAGUUGCUGUGCAUGCCUUGAAAUCACCUGUCAGCGGCGUGCCAGUCAAGAUCUCGGCUUUGCGAGCUCUCAACAACUAUUGCAAGUAUCUGAACGCAGAAUACGUUGCUCCCUAUCAAGUGGACAUUAUGGAAGGCACGGUUCAACUGUUGCCUGCCGCUACCGAGGAAUCGCUCAUGCUUUUACUUGAUACCCUGGGAUCCGCUGUAAAGAUCAAUGGCGAAGUGACCGCACGGUACGAACAGAUUUUGACGCCUGCUGUUCUCGAAAUUUGGAAAAAGUUCCCAUCGGAUUCCAUUAUUACCAGCUACAUUCUUGAUGUGUUUGAAGAUUUUGCAAAGAAUCAACUUUACUAUCCCGCGUUAUGCGCUCGUGCCCUUCCAUUUAUCAGCCAAGUGCUUACAACGCCUGAAACCGAUCCGUCCAUUCUUAGCUCUGCUAUCGAUUUAUUGACAGCCAUGAUGGGCUACGGACCAUCUCCUUUACCCAACCAAUUCACCGAGCAAAUGUUCCCCUGUGUCAUGCAGUGCGUAUGGAAUGCCACUGACAGUGAUCUUCUCCAGAGCACCCAGGAAUGCCUAAAACAAUUUGUGAUUAAAGAUUGCGAACAUAUUGUUCAGUGGCGCGAUCCUUCUGGAAAAUCAGGAUUGGAUUAUGUUAUUCAUUUCGUCGCCAAACUGUUGGAACCUACCAACUCUGAAUCGGAAGCUUUGUUUGUCGGUGAUCUUAUCGUCACAUUGAUCCAAAAGGCUGGUAACAACAUUGCCUCUGUGCUGCCGGAUCUGUUGAAUGCAGUAUUGGCUCGUUUGCAAACCACUAGCUAUCAGCCAUUUAUUCAGUCUUUGGUCAUGGUAUUUGCCCACCUUAUCAUUCAGCAGCAAGAUACCGUCCUUCAGUUCCUUAGCAACACCGCCAUUAACGGUAAAAGCGGGCUGGAAAUUUUGAUGCCCACUUGGUGCGAUUACUACGACAGUUUCUCGGGUUACUAUUCUCUUAAAGUCAGCGCUAUUGCUUUGUCCAAAGUCUUCCUUGUUAAUGAUCCGCGAUUGCAAAACUUGAACGUCAAAGGCGAGCUUGUCGUCAACCCUAAUGCUGGGAUCGUCACUCGUUCUCGCUCCAAGAACAAUCCUGAUCAAUACACUGCCAUUCUUCUGCCUACCAAAAUCAUUAAACUGCUUGUGGCUGAUCUCAGCAAUACCGUGACAAGCGAGCAAGUGCCUCAGGAAGAAGUCGAAUCGAUUGGCGAUGAGGAUAACGAAUGGGAAGAUUUGGAUGAUGAGAUCGCCUCCGCACAUAAGGAUUUCAAUUUCUUGUCAGAAAUGUUGGCGAAUUUGCCCGAGGAUGAAGAUGAUGAAGAAAAUAACCCUGACCUGAAAAACGAUCCGAUUUACCAGACUGAUAUGAAGACCUAUUUGACCGAAUUUUUCCGCAACUGCUCUGGUCACAACGUCAAUCAUUUCAUGGAUAUCUGUCAACACCAGCUGAAUGAUGAAGAAAAGCAUAUGUUGGACUAUGUUCUACAGAGCGCAUAA